CAUUUAAUCUUUAUCGAGGAUAAGUCUAAUCGAUAGAAUAAUCAAUAUUUUAAGAACGAAUGACUCUCAGACUCUUCGUCGCUUACAUAUGAAUAAUCUUCGUAUAAAAAUGGGGAAUAAACUUUUAUUCGAAUAAAAUAAAAAAUUCUUCAUUAUUAUUGCUCGUUAUCUACCGCAUCUCCUUCCCAAUCUGAGCGAGUGCGUAGUCUAUCGAACAUCGAUUUUUCUUCUUCCGUUAGAACACCGGAAGAGCAACAAGACGAUGUCGUGUACCUCGUUUUCCAUCGUAAAAAGGAAAAACAGCGAUCCCUGAAAGAGCGAUGGAGGGAAAGAGGUCGCGCAAGCGCCCCUCUGGAAAGAGCCGGUGGUUGAAGAGCCUCGGGGUGAAAAUGCACCAUGGCAUGGGAGUGUCAGCAGGCGAUCAUCGUUGCGGCGAAAAUCCCGCGAUGCAGCCCAGGAACGGGGUCUGCGACAAGAUCGAAAAUUACAUAUCCGAGCUCGGACAAUGGUCGGUAUGGAGAGCGAUAAUAAUGGGACAAUUCUUGUCCUUGGUAUUGUGCUUCAUGACCCUCGUAAAUCAUCACAUCAACACCACGUAUCAGCUCUUGCUUCCAACCGGGCAAAAUCUUCCGCAUUACGUUAUGAUGUGCCUUGUAUACACAACCUGGAUGUCCUGCAGAGGGGUAGGGAACGGCCUAAUUUCUGUCAUAAGAGUCCGUGGAUGGAGAUACUUGCUGUUGGCACUCAUUGACGUCGAAGCGUGCACACUCAUAACAUCCUCGCACCAAUUCACCAGCCUGGCUAGUAUACAGCUGCUCGAUUGCGUGGCUAUACCGGUUGCUCUGGGUCUCUCGUGUCUGGUUCUCGGCGUCAGAUAUCGAAUGGUACACAUAGUCGGCGUCUCCGUUUGUUUGAUGGGUGUGGGUUGCUUGGUCUGGGCAGGCAUCGAUGACAAUAAGGAUCCUGCGUUCACAGGAAAGAAUCAACUGGUUGGAGAUAUGCUGUGUCUCGGUGGCGCGGUAUUAUUUUCGGUGACCACCGUGCUGCAGGAAUUGAUCGUUAAAACGGUCGAUAUCAUAGAAUAUCUGGGUAUGAUCGGUUUCUUCGGUACUAUACUGUGCUCCAUGCAAACAGCCGUGCUCGAAAGCAUGAAGGUGGAAUCGUUCCAGUGGAACAACGCACCGGUGGUUACGUUCUUGGUGGUUUACUGUAUCACACAGUUUGUAUUCUUCUCGCUGGUGCCUGUCAUACUGUUCGAGUCAGGGGCGACGGCGUUACAUCUAGCACUGCUGACCGCCGACUCCUUCAACGUCUUAUUUGGCAUGCUGAUUCAUCAGUACAAGUUUCAUGCAUUGUAUUUCGUCUCGUACACGCUCACAAUGACUGGUAUAUACAUCUACGCGAUAAAGAGAACACCGCUGGGGUCGACCGCGCGAAGACAACACGUUGAAUCUUCUGCUCCGGAUUACAGUGACGUCAUUUUAAGACACAUGUCACAUCCCGACGUUGGUGAGGUGGAGAUGGCGACCAGUUCAGGAAUGUCAGGGGUGAGUGGUACCCUGGAUGUAAGGGCGUCAACCCUUGGCAGUGAAAAGGAGACGGUGGAUGCAACCAGUCUGCCACCGAGCGUUAGCUCCGACACGGCCUUCACCUCUUUUUACGGAAGUUAUUACGAUUAAAUGGGAUACCGCGAUGGAAACACAUCGGAACGAGUAGGAAAAGUAAUUUACUGCGAAUAUGCUCUUGUUAAGCGAUUUAUACACAAUUUCCAAUCGACAAAUACGAAAAUGUUUUUUUUCGGUUUAUACAAUGUUAUAGGGAUAAGAAUAACUAAAGAAUGUCUUCGUCGAGCUAAGUUUGUAAUAAUCGGUCGUUUUUCUAAGAAAUUCGCCGUUUUAAUAUCGAUCAACGAUGCAUAAAUGCAUUCUGCGUUGUUCAUUUAAAUAUUUAUGGAACUAUAAGUAUUAUAAAUCCUUGUUGCUCAACAUACUUUGUAAGUUAAUGAAGUACAACUUACUGUUACUAGAUUUAAUUGUAAGCAUUGGAGGAAGCUGAUUUCCUUGUUAUGUGUAUAAUAACAAGUAAAAAUUGGUGAUAAAUAUUUUUAUGAUUCUUCUAUUUAGUUUCGUCCGUGUGUUAUAUUGAAUUUAUA